UCUGAAUUGUUCCAAAAAACAUAGAAAUGAGUCUCUUUAUAAAGAUUUAAUAAGAAAAAUCAAUACACCCAAUGAGAGAGAAUUGGAAUGACGGCAUCAGAGAACUCCGACCGUGGCUGAUAUCUUUGCACAGUCAGUGCACACUCUGUACAUUGUUGUCCCGUGUCCAUCCUGUGCCUGACUGACGCCCCGAGGGGAAAAUGACGCGCGGUCCGUAAGAGAGAGUCUCACUGGCUGAGUUCCACUCAGACACCUGAGUCACGGAGGAAGGCGGAGGGCUGGCGAGUGAAACUGGAGAGCUUCCUUGCAUUACAGGGCGGCACGGGGAGAUACAACUACGAUAAAGUGCCUCGAGGUAAAGAGAGAGGCCUCAGCGAGACGGCCGUGAUAAGGCAGCAUAUGCAGGCCGGGGGCCGACGACGGUAACUUAAUAUGAUUUUUAUCUGAGGAGGCGGCGGAGAAAGGGCCACUUGUCAGGAAUUAUCGCAUAUUAUCGAGUGACAAGUGGCUCCAUCUCAAUUUGUGACAAUCAUGCCCCUUCGCGCUCAACCACACAGGCAGAUGUAUGCAGCCGGAUAGCAAAUAUGUUAACGCAACAAGCUGAGGGGGAAAUACACUUUUUUUCCACAACUCUGCGCGGUAAAAUCAGUCUUGGACUAAACCAUAAAGCAAUCAUUAGUGCAUUCUGUGGCCAUGUAUAGGGACUGAUGCAAUACCAGACUGCUUCCUCCUGCCCCGCAGCAUCUAUUCAGAUAAACCCUGAUAUCACCUCUCAGUGUAGAAGUUAGAUUUGCUUGCAUGUGAGCACACACACACACUCAUACACACACACACACACACACACACACACACACACAGACGUACUUGCUCCCAUAUGUGAGAGGGGAAGUUGAGGAGAGGAGGGAGGGAUCAAGUAACUAACAGUCAAACAGCUACACACAACACACUCAUUUUCUGUGAUCACCCUUGAGGGUGAAGAGAUCACACCAGGACUAUUCACUUCGAGCAAAAGCAGGCGAACAACUCCUCCUGCUUGAUCCUGAGGACAGAGAGAAAACACCAGCCCAUGCCCGUUAUCCUGAUGCUGUACGGAGGUGGAGUCAUUUGGGGGUAGAGAGAGAGAGAGAGAGAGAGAUGAGGAGAGAACGAGAGGAGCAGGAGCAGAAGAAGACAUGGAUUAUCUGACAUGCGCCUGGACGGACCAAGAUUCCUCUUUGAGUCUUGACACCCGUUUUUCCCCCGCAGAGUGAUAUCUGCAAAUGCCUUCCUGCACGUGUGGCGCGGAGCAGCUGUUGGACAGGUAGACCGUGCGGCGUAGUUGCUGGGAAAUGUUCCAUUUCACUGGAACUAAGGAUUUUUUUACUCACGUCAGAAUUUCUUCUGGGAUAUCAGUGAACGUUUCCUUCUCUUUCCUUUUUUUCCAAGACUGAGCAACUGCCUGGAACUACAAGGGCCACGCCGCCGGAUCAGCCACACUGGCCGUUGUUGUUUUGAGUUGCUCGUCAUUCAGACUGACUUCUUUUUAGAAAGGAGAAGAAGAAGAAAAAAGACCUGGUGCCGAUCACCAGCCUGAAACCUCUCAGCAGUGCAGAAGAGAGCUCUGUGGACUGUCGGCUAGUUUGUACUAUCGAACGUAGCUCAAAGGGAAAUCUAAGAAUUUCCUACAGGUGCUGAAUAUUUCAGUCUCUGCAGCCCGGACUGUGGAGGGCUUCCCUCCCUGCCCUCCCAGCCUAUCCUCACCCCCAGCAGCAUGUCCCAGGCUCUGAGGCUGCCACUAGUCCUCCACACAGCACACUACCAUGAUCAGAUGGGCUGCUGGAGGGAGUAAGGCUACCUCUGCCUCGUCCUGCUCCGGGGCUGGGUUAGGGGCUCGUUCCGGCUCUGGGACCAAGUCCAGACUAAGGCCAUCAGCACUGCAUUCCUCCCCGUCGCUGCCCCUCCUGCUGGCGCUGGUGGUGUUCUCCGUCUCCCUGUCCGGCGUGGCCUGCCAUCAGCCCCACAGAGAGAGACUGAGGCUCGCCAACCCACGAACUCUCAGAGUUCCACUGAACACUUCAGAGACUGAGCUCGCCUUCAGGCCCAGGACCCUCGGGGGCGCUCCGGGUCGGACUGGGGGCCCGCAGGGCAGGCAUGUGCGCAGCUACAAUCACCUCCAAGGGGACAUACGGAGGAGGAAGCUGUUCUCCUUCCAGAAGUUCUUCCUGAGGAUCGAUAAGAAUGGAACGGUCAGUGGAACCAAGAGCAAGGACGACCCCCUCAGUGUACUGGAAAUCACCUCAGUGGACGUGGGAGUGGUGGCCAUCAAAGGGCUGAACAGCAACUACUAUCUGGCUAUCGGCAGGAAGGGGGACCUGUACGGAGCGAGAGAGUUUGGCAUCGACUGCACCCUGAAGGAGCGGAUUGAGGAGAACGGCUAUAACACAUACGCAUCAGCCGAGUGGAGGAACAAGAAGCGGCAGAUGUUUGUGGGCCUCAACGUCCACGGGAAGCCACUCAAGGGGAAGAAAACUCGCAGGAAGAACACGGCCACCCACUUCCUUCCAAUUAUGGUGUGAGCUGAAGAACUCCACUGGAGGGGGAGAAUACGCAGCACUGGACAAAGAGGUUUUCAAUACUGAAAAGCUGUAAAAUAAAAGACAUUCACUGGAAAAUCUGUCAUUUUGGAAACAAGGCACUAACACUGUUACACAAAAAUAUGGUCCAUGCAAAUGUCUUUGGUUGAGAUCAUGUUCUUUAUUUGGUGGGAGAAGAUGAUAUCUGUGUUUUCUGUGGCACAGGAUGCAUUAUUUAUCCUUUUUAUUCUGUGCCAAACAGUUUGCAACAGGGGUAUGUGUACAAUGGGGACGACACGGGAGAUAGAAUCCCAGCUAUAGGACUGUAGUAGAUACAGAAGUAUCUGGAGAUGUUAUUUAUAAUCCAUAUUUUCCUUGUGAGACAUAAAGGGGAGAGGUAGAACAGUAAGACGAGAGAAAUGAUCAGUCAGUUUAUCGUGACAGAAUUAAAUAAUAGAGGAUACCACACAUUUAAAGCAAAUGUUUAAUACGUAACCACUGUGUUUUGACUGUAUUGUAAGGAUUUAUUUAUUUUUGUGAAAUAUUUAACUGGAGGGGAACAAUUACGAGGCAAGCAUUCCUUUGCAUGCUACACUUUUUAUAGGAACUCUAUUAUGUGAAAAUAAAAUUACCAUUUUCUCCUCUGCAA